AUUAAAAGACACGCAAGAAGCUGCCGCCCAAACUACUGAUCACACAACACAACCAACGAUAGGAAUGGCGAACAAAGAUACUGUUAAAAAACCUUCAAAGUCGACUCCUCGAAUGCAAAGAACAUCGGUCCGUACUGAACCGGAAGUUGGUAAUUCAAGUAAAAAGAGGAAAAAGACUUCAGCCAAGGGAGUUGACGAAGAACGAAAAUGGUGCCACCAAUGCCGGACUGUAAAAGAGCCUGUGGUUGACUGCACAAAAUGUUACUCCAAGAGAUAUUGCCUCCCUUGCAUCACUAAAUGGUACCCCCAUGUAUUCGAAGAGGAGUUUGUUAAAGCCUGCCCCGUUUGUUGCAAUAAUUGCAAUUGCAAAGCAUGCCUGCGCCGCUUUUCACCUAAACAGGGGGGGUAUACUUGCUCCGAACCUGAUAAAAUCAAACACUCCAAACAAAUCCUGCACAAAGUCUUACCUUUUGCGACAAAACUCAAUCAAGACCAACUCAUGGAGAAGGAAAUAGAGGCUAAGGUUAAAGGCGUAUCUGUAUCAGAGUUACACUUACAGGAUGCUCACUGUGAGGUUGAUGAUGAUAUAUUUUGUGACAACUGUGGAGCGUAUUCCUUUGAUUUUUAUAGAAGUUGUGCAUGUGGAUAUGAUUUAUGCCUUUUGUGUUGCCGAGAGUUGCGUGAUGGCCAACUUAAGCGUAUGACCAUUGGGUGGAAAGCCCGCAUAGAUGGUAGCAUUCCUUGCCCACCAAAAGAUAUUGGUGGUUGUAAUGAUGGGACCCUUGACUUAAAACGCAUAUUGUCUGUCAAUUGGAUUGUAAAUCUGCUAGAAAAAGCACAAAGGGUAUACGAAUUCAACAAUAGUUAUGAUAGUCCCCAAACUUGUAUGGAGUCCGAUGCUAGUUAUUUGUAUUCUUUGAGUGCUAAAGACAUUCAACCUCAACAUAUGGAGCAUUUCAAGUCUCAUUGGUCAAAAGGUGAGCCGAUAAUAGUCAAUGAUGUUCUUUCAACUUCUUCAGGGCUAAGCUGGGAGCCAAUGGUUUUGUGGCGUGCAUUUCGUGACAUCACAAAAAGUGGCAAUGCUUAUGAAGUGGAAGCAAUCCACUGCUUAGAUUGGAGCGAGGUGACUGUAGACCUUAGCAAAUUCUGCAGGGGAUACUCGGAAGCUCAAUGUACAAAGCAGGGUUUGCCGUUGAUUUUGAAGUUGGAAGACUGGAAACCUUCAUGCUUAUCACAAGGAGAAUGGCCACGUCAUUUUGUUGAAUUCAUUAACUGCUUACCGUUUAAAGAUUACACAAACCCUCAUAACGGCUACCUUAAUGUGGCUGUCAAGUUGCCUGAUCUAUCAUCAAAACCAGACAUGGGUCCAAAGAUGGAUAUGGCUUAUGGAGACUCCGUUACUAAGCUUCACUAUGAAAAAUCUGAUACCGUGAAUGUACUAACACAUACAAAAUCCUGUGUCCUUACAUCCACAAAGCUUAACAAGACAAAGAUAGUGAAAGAAAAGCACGGUGACCAACAGGAAACUUUAGUUUGUAACACGGGCCUGCAAAGAAACGAGAGUCAACAAAAUGCAGUUGACCCAAUGGACGGAGGUGCUCUGUGGGAUAUAUUUCAGAGGCAAGAUGUAGCUAAAUUAGAGGAAUAUCUAAGAAAUCACUCAGCAGAGUUUAGGCAUACUGAUUGUCUUUCUGUUGAGCAGGUUUUUCACCCGAUACAUGACCGGACUUUUUACCUGAACGUUGAACAUAAAAGGAAGCUUAAAGCGGAAUUUGGAAUCGAACCAUGGACCUUCAAACAAAAACUGGGUGAUGCGGUUUUUAUACCAGCUGGCUGUCCUUAUCAAGUUAGAAACUUGAAGUCAUGCACGAAGGUCGAACUCAACUUUAUUUCACCUGAAAGUCUCGGCGAAUGCAUCCGCUUACAAACAGAACUCCGUAUGCUUCCCAACAAUCACAUUGCCAAACAACAAAAACUGAACAUUGGGAAAAUGAUGAUUUAUGCAUUAGACCACGUUGUAUCGGAAUUGUCGGGAUUUAUAGAUUCAAAUGGGCCCACUGAUGACCUUCAAGAUCAAUUCGCCAAGGAGCUCGAGAUCUUAAAUGGUAUGAACAUGAACAAUCACACCAAUGGUUGGAUAUCUGAUUCGGACAGUGUGAUCCCACCAUCCGUUCACCAGCUUGCCCCUAUAGAAGAUUCCGGAGGAGAUGGUAUGGAUAUUAACGAUUACACCGAUGGUUGGGUAUGUGAUUCCGAGAGUGAAGAAAAUUCGCGGUAUAUCCGCUGCGUAUUUCCCAGUUUAAGACCAUCGUUAAACCAUAUAGUUGUUCAUCAGUCUGCUGCCACCAUAGAAGAUCCCGGUACAACAGAGGAAGAGGAAUCAGUAGGAUUGUGGCAAGGGAACGUUAUCGGACAACCAGGAAAAAAGAUAUUACAAGCUGUUAUGCACCACUACCCGGAGACAUUUCAAGGGGUAAAAAUUCGUUCAAAACCACAUUGGUUGUCCAUUUUGAAAGAAUUGCAUGUAUUUAUCAAAAGUUUUCUAGAAACAUCCGUGGAUGCAUUGUCAGAGGACCAUAUCACUAGCCUUGAGGAAGAUUUGAGUGAUUUUGAGAGUUUUGGGUUCGAUCUGUCGUGGGCCCGUAAGCGGGUAAACAUCGUGAAGGAUCUCAAAUUUGGAAAUGACCCGUUGAGACUGGAGCUGGUGGUUCUAGAACAAUCUGUAGCGUUUUUACAUAAAGAAUUGGUGGAAGCAAAUGCGAGGUUGGAGAAGGCCCGGUUAGAUUAUGAUAGAGCGACAUAUGCCCGGAACAAGAAGGUAGAUGAGAUGGCACACAAGUUUGGAGCUGAAUACGAAGACGUGUUAAAUGGCAAUCUUGGUUUCGGUAUGCUGCCUGGGUAUUAGUUAUUGUAUUAUAUGCUAUCUUUUGUAUAAAGUUGUAUAGAAGUCAAGACUUUUGACUUUCUUAUGUUUAAAUAUAUAAUUUUUGGGACAUUAUUUA